GGAAAGCCAGGCUACCAGUAAGGCUUGUAGGAGGCAAUGCCGUAAGUCUUGAUCGCCUCUUAAUUUCCCCAUACAUUCGUGAAUGGCGUGGUUAUACCGUCAUCGUCGCGUACGGUGUUGGUUAGUAUAGUCUAUCGCCUUAUGUAAGUACUUACCUACCACUCUACCAAGUUCUAACAUUAUUGAACAUUCGCUGUUCUUCCAAAAUAUUUGAUCGCUUCAAUCGUUGUGAUCCAUCAUAGAAUGGUUAAUGAUGUUAGCGAUGCGGGUGAUAGCAUAACUUCGCUUCAUAUCGGGCAGUCUGAUGGGGAGGCAGACUGUGAAAUUUCCGCAGAUAAAGGUCCGGAAGGGCUACACUCAGCCAAUGCUUCUGCUGUCCGCACAGGUGCCAAUUUCAUCUCCAGGUGGGCCAACCGCUUCUCUUCCACCGCAACCGAGACGAUAUGGCUUGAUUCUACAUUGGGGGAAUGGCGUGGCAAGGAGAAGAUACGUGUCGAUGUAUGGAGAUCAGCGCAGAGCCCAGAGUCUCCCAGACUGGGAAAACGGCCUGCGAUAAUUAAUUUUCAUGGUGGUGGUUUUGUGUUUGGAGAAGGAACGGAUGAUGUCCGAUGGGCCGAUGCACUCGUAGCAGGCCUUGACGCCGUGGUGUUCUCCGUAAAUUAUCGUCUUGCCCCGACGUAUCCGUUCCCAGCACCAGUCGAGGAUUGCAUUGAUGCAAUCUUACAAAUAUUUGCUCUCGGCGACAGGUACAACGUCGAAGCAAAUCGCAUCAUUCUUACCGGGUUUUCGGUCGGCGCCACAUUGGCCAUGAGUAGCUGGAUAGUACUACAAGAGCCGAAGAGAUGGAGCUACCAGCUUCCGUCUCUCCUCCCACGUAUCGCUGGCAUCGUUUUGUAUUGCCCCUUGUUGGACUGUACUAUCGAUCGCAGUACAAAACGCGAAGCCUGCCCACGACCUGACUUGACUCUCCCGAGUGGCCUGACAGACUUGUCCGAUGCAUCUUACCUACGUUCAGUGCUCUUGCAAGGCAAACGAGAUGACCUGAGACUUUCCCCUGGCCUCAUGCCUGCCGAGAUGCUGGACCAGUUACCGCCUAUCCACAUGUGUAUGUGUGAAUAUGAUAUGGCGCUUGCAGAAGGGCAUGCAUUUGAGAAAAGAAUGAUGACUGGAGGUAAACCUGUGAGUGUUCGAGUGGUGGACGGAGAAAGGGAUGCAUGGGACAAACCACCGCCUAUCGAGCCGAAAAAAAGUGUUGCUUUGGAAUAUGGCAAAGCGAUAGAGUUGAUAAGCACAUGGCUUGGAAACGAGUAGGUUCUCUAGCUAGGUAGUUAGAUUGUGAAUACUGUAAUACGAAUGGACAUGUAAGAGGAUUACAAAAAGAUGAAAAGAUGAAAGCGUAAUAAAGGCAAACAUGACAGUAUCAUAUAACGGAACAUACGCUAGCAGACUAAGGUUAGAAGGUAAAGUGUGG